CCGGGUCCUUUUGAAGGCAUCGCGUUUGCCAUCUUGCAUUCGGCCUGUUCGGCCUUAGGAAGCCCAUUUGGCCCACACUGUUGCUGGCUGAUUCUCCCCCAAAAUCUCUCCCCCAAACAUUCCAUCGGCGGCUACUUCGUCUUCCUCCGAACCAGACCAGGGCUCGAACCGCCGCAUCCGCAUGGAAUCGGACUCUGAUGAUGGGAGCAGCAGCACCAGCUGGGGCGUCCGCGUGGGCUUGCGCUCACCACGCACCGGUACUGUUGCUGCCAGAAAGAACAAGCCUGCACUGAGGACUAGGCAGAGAGUGACUGCUGAUUUCGGGUACUAUCCAGGUUCUCCCGGCAGGGCAUCCACGCUGCCUCGGUUCCAGGGUGCCAUCGGAAAGGAUUCCAGCGAGCAGCUUGGGGAAGCCUGGGCCAAGUUCUUCCACGCCAACGGCAUUUCCGGCGAGAAAGCCGACUGCCCGCAUUUCCGAGAGGCCAUGAGACUGACGCAGCAGCUUGGUAAGGCGGUUCAGCACGUUCCUACAGCGGCAGAAAUAGACGGACCAUGCCUUCAGGCUGAGUAUGAUGAGCUGGAGAGGUAUAUCGCCAACUGGAAACAACGCUGGGGUCAGUGUGGUGUUACUGUCAUGUGUGACUCGUGGACAGGACCCACCGGGACGACCAUUCUGAACUUCAUGAUCUCCUGCGACGGGCGCAUGUUCUUUCACAAGUCUGUCGAUGCCACCGGACGCAUGCGGAGUGUCCCAUAUCUCUAUGAGUCAGUUCGGAAGGUGGUCGUGGAGGAGAUUGGGCAAGGCUUCGUGGUUCAGAUUGUGACAGAGAACGGGUCCAGCUUCAAGGAAGCGUGUGGUCAACUCAUCAAUGAGUAUCCACACAUUGUUUGGCAGCCAUGUGCAGCUCAGACUGUUAAUCUCAUGCUCAAGGACAUCGGAAACAUCCCCAAAAUUGAUGCGGUGGUCUCUAGCGCCAAGCAGAUAUGUAGGUUCUUCUACAAUCAUUCUGAGCUGCAUGAUCAAAUGAGAAUUAAGAUUGGAGAGUUGAUCCAACCGAACGCUGCAAGGUUUGGAACUGACUUUGUGUUCCUACAAAGUUUUGUGGAUAUCCAAGACAAGCUCAGGCAGUGGAUGGUCUCGGAUGAGUGGGCCGACGGCUCCUGGAGCAGGGAGGCAGAUUAUGACUACGCGUAUGACUGUUUAAUAAGCCGCUCUUGGUGGGAAGAAGUAGAGUGGGUGCUAGGUAUAAUGCGACCACUUUAUGCUGUACUUCAGUAUGCACAUAAGACAAGGAUGCAUUCUGGGUUUAUGCCUAGGAUGAUGGCUGCUAGGGAAGAAUUGCUCUCUCUUUUUAAAGAGGGGUCAGAAGAUUUGAAGAAUGUAAUAGAUGUGGUGGACAAGAGGGUGGAAGAUCUGUACAAUGACACUCUCAUGAUUGCAGCUGGUAUGCUUGAUCCCGACGCUCACUACAAGUAUGAUCUUGCCAGCAAUCCACAUUAUAUGCAAGCAUUCACAAUGGCUAUUCAGAAGGUUGCAGACUCACCUGCAAAUGCAGCUGAGGCACUUGAACAAUUUGAAAUGUUCCGUUCUUCCAGUGGUAGGUUUGACAAAGAAUUAGCUCGGCAUGGAGCUGGCAAAGCGGGACCAGCUCAUUGGUGGCUGCUAUAUGGAGGAGAAGUCAGAAUACUACAGGGUUAUGCGUUUCGAAUCGUGUCUCAGUGCAUGUCCUCUAGUGGGUGUGAGCGUAACUGGAGCCCAUUUGCAUUAAUGCACGCACAAGCAAAAAACCAGCUAGCUUAUGAAAAGCUCCACAAGUUGGUCUAUGUCCGCUACAAUCUCAGGCUGCGGACCGAAGAAUCCAAAAUAGACAACGAAGAAAAAGAUGGCAAGGGAAAUAAAGAGUUUGAUCCUUGCUGGAUGAUGAUGGAUGUUGAACUAUAUGAUAAAGAAAACCCUAUCAUGGAUUGGCUGAAUAUCCCUAGGACAGGGAGUGCAUCUUUGACUUUACUGGAUGAUGCAAAUGAAUGUGAUCCUGCUACACCUUCUAGGGCUGUGGUUGAUAUGAUAUGCAAGGCGGUAUCGAGUGAGGAUGUCCUUGACAAGCCAAUCGGGGCCUGGGAAUCAAAGAAGAGUGGCAUGCUCGAUGGUAGGAGGCAAAAGAGGAAGAAAGGAAAAACAGCUACUAAUGUUGAGGGUUCGUCGCACGCAAUGUCUACUAGGAACAAGAAGAAGGAUCUCUCCAGCCCCCGCUAGCCUCUUGCUGGUGAAUCUAAAACCUCUGCAACAUUGUGAAUGGUGGUUAUCCCGAUGGAUUCAGCAUUUGCUAAGAACUGGAGUAGAAAUAGUGGUUAAUUCUGAAGCACAAGAAGCAGCUAUCCGCAGACGCCUGAGAUCUGAUACCCAGAGGAUGCUAGAUCUUAGGGCCGUGUUUUCUUGCUGAUCUGGAACCCUAGAUGCUGUGAACUUGUUAUUCUUGAUGACU